CUGAGACAAACAGAUGUGAAAGAGCCAUUGAAUGGAAUGCUGUUGCCUGCAUUAACAGAGUUCAACAGUGACUUUAGUUGUUCGUGACAUCACAAGUAACUUGAGACUGCAUUGAGAAGCUCCCUCCCUUUCAGGGUUUUUUCCUCCAUGUGCUUCCCACCCUUGCCUCCUGCCUUACUCCCUUCAGUGAAAGCACACUGUCCUCUCUCUCUCUUUCUCUUUUGGGCUCUACUUUAACCUUUUAACAACUGGGAUAAAAAGCAACACCUCAACCAAGAAAAGCUCUCAGAGAAUGCUUCACCAGCACUGCCUUUGAGAAAACAUCAACUGCCAUUUAAAAGGAUCUACUUUAGAGAAAACCCUUCACUCCUCACUUCACAACCUUCGCUGCUCAAAAGAGAAAAAGAAAGAAAAUAUACAUCAUGGAGCUUCAGAAACUGACAAACGGUCACCGCCAAGACUUUCAACAUCUUGAGGAAGGAGAGUCACCUGAACGAGAGGAGUUUUUGCCACACAAGAGUGAUGGAGGAAAACCCCCUCAGUUUACAGAUUUUGAAGGAAAGACGUCAUUUGGAAUGUCUGUCUUCAACCUUAGCAAUGCUAUCAUGGGUAGUGGGAUUUUGGGACUGUCCUACGCCAUGUCCAACACUGGUAUCAUCCUCUUUCUGGUCUUGUUGACCUGCAUUGCUGUUUUGUCAUCAUACUCUGUCCAUCUAUUGCUGAGGAGCGCAGGUGUUGUGGGUAUUCGCGCUUAUGAACAACUGGGUAAACGAGCUUUUGGACACCCGGGAAAAAUACUGGCAGCUCUCGUCAUAACAUUACACAACAUCGGUGCUAUGUCUAGCUACCUCUUCAUUGUGAAGUAUGAAUUACCUCUGGUUAUUCAGGCUUUCCUUGGCCUUCAUCAUAGCAGUGGUGAGUGGUUCCUGAAUGGCAACUAUCUAAUUGUCAUUGUGUCCAUUUGUGUCAUCUUGCCACUUGCCCUGAUGAAACAGCUUGGGUACCUGGGCUACACCAGUGGCUUCUCUCUGACAUGUAUGGUUUUCUUCCUGAUCUCAGUCAUCUAUAAGAAGUUCAAUAUCCCUUGUCCUUUCGAUGGUUUCACCAACCACACUGCUGAAAACAUAUCUAUUGAUGGUGAAUGUGAAGCUAAAUACUUCACCAUCAAUCAGCAGACAGCCUACACAGUUCCCAUCUUGGCCUUCGCUUUUGUAUGCCACCCUGAGGUGCUGCCGAUCUACACCGAGCUGCGCAAUCCCACAAAGAGACGCAUGCAGGCCAUUGCCAACGUGUCCAUCCUGGGGAUGUUUGUCAUGUAUCUGCUCACUGCCAUCUUUGGCUACCUCACCUUUUAUUUAAACACGGAGGCAGAACUUCUACACACCUACAGUAAGGUGGAUCCUCUGGACACGCUUAUCCUGUGUGUGCGUCUGGCCGUGCUGGUGGCCGUGACUCUGACUGUUCCCGUUGUGCUCUUCCCGAUUCGCAGAGCCCUCCUUCAACUUCUGUUCCCUGAUAAGCCCUUUCAUUGGGUGCGUCACAUCUCUAUUGCAUUGUGUCUCCUAUUUGUUGUCAAUCUGCUCGUCAUUUUUGUGCCCAACAUUCGUGACAUUUUCGGCAUCAUCGGUGCAACCUCUGCUCCAAGCUUGAUCUUCAUCCUCCCAGGUCUAUUUUACAUCCGAAUUGUUUCCACCGAGCCAAUGAACUCAAGACCAAAAAUUCAGGCUGCCUGCUUCACUGCUCUAGGCUUCAUCUUUAUGAGCAUGAGCUUGACGUUCAUCGCACUGGACUGGGUCUACGGAGAGAAUCGAAGUGGAGGAGGUCACUGAUCUUCAACCACAAAACUGUAAGGGUCCAAAAAAGCCUUCUUAGAGGAACAACACCACCCCUUCUCUCUCCUGAACGUGAGAGAAACCAAAACAUCACUUAGGCUGGACCCAACUCACCUCAGAUCUGUUAUCCCACUGAGUAAGGAAAGGACUGAUGUCCUUUAAAAUUAAAAUGGAUAUAUCCUAUGAUGUUUCAUAGUGGAGGAGUUCUGGGGGAAACAGAAAUGUCAUGCCAUUUUGAAGCUGUUUCUAGAAACAGGCUUCGUAACGAUAAAUGAUGUUUGUGUUGGAGAUGGAAGCCCGCUAAAUAGCUUUAAAAUAAUGCAAAAAGAUACAGCAGAAGCCAAAAUAAAUGACUGGAGAGGUUUGUUUUAUUGUCGGAUGGAGACUAGGAAACAAUCAUGUUCAUCACCUAUCAUCUGUUCUGUUGCCCCCAUCAAAUGCGAGCCAUAGACCCAGAGUGCAAUACUAGGGAAAUUGAAACAUAUUUUCCUUUUUCAGUUUGUUUAUCCAAAAAUGUUGCUUAUAAUAAUCAAAUUCAACAUCAUCUCAGAAUUGCUGCAGACCUGAACAGAAUCUGUCAGCAUUUUUUUUUUUUUUUUUUUUUUUUAAUCCGGGAAUCAAGUUGCUGAAAUUCAAGUUAUGAAAUUGAUCAGAAAAAUAUAUCUAUUUCAGUUGGGAUAAAAAUCAUGAAAUAUUGUGUGAUAAAACUGCACUACAAUUAAAAAAGACAAUCAGCUUUAUACUAUUUCAGUUUUUUUUCCUACUGGAUUCUUUUAUUUUGUCAAACAAAUUUAAGGUACGUACAGUUGCAGUAUUUUGUGGUGCAGUGGGGUGGAAAGCCAUCUGUUGUUUCAGUUGAGGAACAGAUGGAUAACUACAAUUAAGGUGCUUACAUUUCUUACAUCACUGUGAUGCAUCUAAUGCAAACAAAACCUAACCUGUGAAUUCAUUGAUUCAUGCCAUAUUCCCAUCUAUCAGUCACAAUCUAUCAACAGUAUAUUCAUACAUUGUCCAGCCCAUCUAUAAUUAUCUUUCAUUCAGUUUUCAUUCAGAGCAAUUGAUGGAAAAGUAAAAUGUCCCUAGAAAAGUAAUUGUAUAGGACUGGGGAAAAAAAACAGCAACAGAUCAAUAAACCCUAAUUACACAAAUUGGAGAAAAGAUUUAUAAAUUAUCACAUUUUUUAAAAGUUGUGUAGUGGGACCCAAAAGUCCACACUGAAAAAAAACCCCAUGGAAAAUCUAGGAUUUAAAAUCCUGCAUUCUGGAAAUAAAGUUUUAGAAUUACUAUUUUUAAAAGUUUUUACUCAGAACACAAAUAUAUGCCAAAAAACCUUUAAAAUUUUUAACAACAAAAAGAACAUUGACUUUGCAUGUCAUUAAAUUACAUCUUUUCCUCCUGGUCCCCCGUAGACUGUGAGACAAUGUGAAGCUUGAAAGUGAUUUCAUUGCAGACUUACUCACAGUGUGCACUCCACACCAUUGCUAAGACCAUUAAAGGAUGGCAACCCCCCUCCUCUCCAAGUUCCCAACUGUCCUGCAAUGCCUAUUUAUUCUGUUUUAGAAGAAAUUAAUACUUCGUUUCAAUGACUGUGUUUGUUAGUUAAUUAGAAAACAGGUGCAAAAAUUGUAUGAGGUUAAAGAUUGACGGUUCCAAUGUGAAACACAAACACACCAAAGAGAGUUGGCAGUUGAAUAAGUGCCUUCUGCUGCUUUUACAUUUGUUUGUUGGUUUACUGAACUGGCCUUUGACUUUGCCAUGCCAUUUUCAAUAAAAAUUGUAUGGUCAGUAUUAAAAAAUGCAA